CUCCAUCGAGACUUGGCUAGUUUUUUUACAGAAUGUUUUUGAUGGGAUUCACUUUAUCAAAUCAAUUUUCCUUAUCAUACUUUGCUUCUUCUUACUACUACUAGCAUACUCCUUUGAAAACAAAUAUCUUUCUAUUCAAUCCACUUUGUGCACUUAUCUUGUGCUUCAACCAUUGCUUCAACUUGAAAAUCAAUAACUUGAACAAAGCAGAGUCUGCCCACGUGACUUCAAUAAAUCAAUACAGCCGAUUUCGCCGGGCCCGGCAGCGUCAUAAACGCGCGCCUGUUUGCAAGUCGCAUUUACAGUAGAAGAGAGUGCACAAAAAUCGUAAGCAAUAUUCGUGCUCCAAAAUGAAGCUUUCUACGUCAAGAUACAGUUUUUGCUUAAUGUUUCAAAUUGUGGCCAUCGUAUUCGAUUUGUUUUUCAACUGUAUAAGUUUGUUCCCGAGAUCUCGCGACGGACUUCUUGUAAUAUUCAUAUUUCAAGAUUUAUUCCUGGUACUCUCCAUCACUACCAUGUUGAUAACGCUGUUCUCAACAUACCUAUUCCAGGCCGGUCUGGUGGAGGUGCUGAUCCGCAAGUUCCGCGCGGCGGGCUCGGUGUGCCUGGCGUACAUGGUGGCGUCGGUGGUGCUGCACACGGCCUGGCUGCUCGACAAGUGGACCGAGAAGGAGUCCAUCUCCUCGCCGCUGCUCAUCGCCCUGUUCACCAUCCAGCGCGUGUUGUCGCCGUGGUACUACUUCGUGGCCAAACGCGCGGCGCUGCGCGUGGCGGACCCACGCAUGUGCGAGGACGUGGACUGGAUCAACGGCCAGCUCGCGACGCGCUGAGACAUGCGCGCGCACGGUUAGACUAUCCUGGAGCUUACUAAUUACUCUUUACUUGAACCCUAAAUGUAACCGAGCUAUACUAAGUAGCUCUUAUUUUGUGAGCAUCUUUACACGACUGUCGUUUUGUAACUAUUUUAUGAGACUGUAUGUGUCCGCUAGCUAAAAAAACGCCCUUAGAUAACGAUUUGGCCGGUGUAACAUUAGUUUACUUGUUAGUUUUUACGCUGCGGCGCCGCUAAGUAUUCAUCGAGGUCAUCAAAAGUGCGCGCUGGAAACGAGACGCACAAUAGUAGUUUUAUUUUUGUUACGUAUUUUCACUUAUCCCCUCUUGAUGAUGUAUUUCGCUCCUGAAAGGAUACUAAUCGACUGUUAGACAAAAGACAACACUUGAAGGAUUGUUCGUUGAAAACGCAGCUACAGUGAAUGGCAACGGCGAAAAACAUGUAAUUAAAUGGUGAGACUGAUUACACAGGGAUUGCUAAUAAUAUUGUGAAGGAUAACGUUGUUGUUAAUAUUGAUUGCCGACAUACCGGGAUGUGGCAAGACACAUUCAACGGAGCAAUCGUGGGAACGACAAGUCGGGAGUGUUUCUGUUUUGAUGAAUGAACUGAAGAUGCGUCGCUAGUGGCGCACCAUACAAGCACAAAAUAAAUAUCAAUUAAAGCUUCAUUCGUACACAGACAUUGUAGGUUCCGUGCUUAAUCAGUCAGGUCCGGUAUCCACUGGUUUCAAGUAACCUAUUCCACAUAAUUACUAGGUUUAAGCACAAAAUAUACAAUUUUACUAUCGACCAACAAGUUUUAAAUAAAAUGUUAUGAACGUCUCAUCUGAAGUGGACUGAGUGGACACCUGGCCUAAGAAGAGUAUUUCUGAAUGUGAAACAUAUUAACCAUUAAUUAAAUAUUGGUGUUUGUAGACAGUUUUAAAUUCUCGAUGUACAACAAGCAUAUUCAAAUAAAUGUUAACUACAGUAUCAUAAAGGAUUAAAAUAAGUUAUAAAGUUCUAAAUGUCUAUGUAAUUCAAUUAUUAAAUGUCAAUAUUGAUGGUUGGAACUUGGAAUAUUUUACUUAAAUAUUAGCGUAAUACCUAUAAAAUGCGAGGAAAGGUGCCAAUGGAUAGGUAUUUGCACAAAUGGGAUAUUGUAAGAACGUCCUCCAGCUGCCACUUUAAGGAUUGCCAUUGGCCUAAAGUUAAACCUGGAUGAUAGACCCUGUCGCACGUGCACGUGUGUAGAUCAUUUUCAUUAAAAUAAUGUAGAAGUAAACAUGAUCGAUUUUCAAACUGUAGCAAUACCCCCAUUUAGAUGCAUAAAUAAUAAAUAUGGAUGUUGGUUGUGCAAUAAUCAAAUUUAUUAAUCAACGUAAUUUCAACUCACGAUUGGUGACAUUAAUAUUAAUCCCAAUGGUACACCUACUUGAUACCAUUCUGAACUUAGGGCGAGAUCACACCAGUUGUAGGUUUAAAUAGCGGUGACACUGACUAUAGUACAUAGUGUAUUACAAUAAAACCAUAACACUUGUAGCUUCAAUAAUUUACUGUUCCAAAAAAAUCAUGGUAGUCAUCUUUCAGAAGUUAGAUUAAUUAUUACUAAUAUCUAAAACGAAUCACUUUUCAUUAGAACGGAAA